AUGAGCGACAGUGUGCACAAAACCGGCACCCAACCCAGCGAAUGGGCCCAGACGAAGCUCGCCGAAUGGGAGCGGAACAUGGCAAAGGUGAAGGAGGAGCACCCGGAGUUCAAUAUCGACCCGGAGAAUAAGUGGUGGAUUCCGCUUGUUGAGCUCGAGGAGCGUACGAACUCUCUCAACGAAGAGACGCGCGAGAAGUACCACUCCUGGUCCGUCAAGUAUCACGAGGCCAAGUACGAUCCGGAGAAAGUUCCCGCGCUGCGCGAGGAGAUGAAGACGAUACUUGCUGGAUACCCAGAGGUUGAGGAGAUAGUCGAAAAGGUUUUCUUUAAUGAGAAGGCGCUGACUGCCGGGCGGAAGCAUGUCGUCACCGAGAUGGAGGCGGGGAGGGAGCCUUUUGCGAUGUCUUGUGCGAAGUAG